AUGUUCUUUUUCACAAUCAGCUUUACCGUAGACAAUCCUCAAGACAUCCAGAGGAAGUCACAUUUGUGCAUAAAUACUAGAAAUCUAUAUGCCAUAAAUAAUAACAAUGCGUCACGUACACCACAUCCGUAUGGAGUGCUCGAUCACAAAUUAGGAGUUAACCAAAAGGAUGCGACAUGUAUGACUUGCAACAAGGGAUUGAACGACUGUCCAGGGCAUUUGGGCUUCAUAGACCUGCAAUUGCCAGUCUUCCAUGUUGGAUUCUUCAGCUCAGUUAUAACAAUAUUACAAACAAUUUGUAAAAAUCCUUUUUGUGCUAAAGUGUUAUUAAAUGAAGAAGAUCGAAUGUUUUUUUAUACAAAGUUGAGAAACAAGAAUUUAACAUACACAAUGCGUAAAAAAGUGUUUAAAGAAGUCCAUGCUAAGGCGAAAAAGGUGCAGAUAUGUCCGUUUUGUAGUGAAAUUGUGGGUCAAGUGAAAAAAAAUGGUAUAUUGAAAAUAUCAUAUGAUCGUUACAGGUAUAAAAAACCUGGCACAGAAGCUGAAAGUAAAUUAUGUGCUUUGAAUGAUGUGGUUAAGUAUAAUAAAGAAGUUGAAUCUAUGAGAAAUUAUCUAUUUAAUGAGAACCUUAAUCCUCAAGAAGUACUACGUCUAUUAUUAUCCAUACCUUAUGAAGACAUUAUAUUGUUGGGUAUGAAUCCUGAGGUAUCAAAUCCUGGAUGGUUGUUAAUGACAAGAAUGUUAGUACCUCCAAAUUGUAUUCGUCCAUCUGCUGUUUCUGAUAUACGAUCAGGAACAAAUGAAGAUGACUUAACAUUAAAAUUAUCRGAAGUUUUAUUUAUUAAUGAUGUAAUUGUUAAACAUAAACAGUCUGGAGCUAAACCCCAGUUAUUGCACGAGGACUGGGAAUACUUGCAGUUACAUUGUGCCCUAUAUAUUAAUAGUGACUURUCUGGUGUUUCACGUACAAUGAUGCCAAAAAAAAUUGCUAGAGGUUGUGUUCAGCGUUUGAAAGGAAAACAUGGACGUUUUCGUGGUAAUUUAUCUGGUAAAAGAGUAGACUUUACAGCACGGUCUGUCAUUUCACCAGAUCCGAAUCUUCGAAUAGAAGAAGUUGGUGUUCCAGUUCGAAUGGCCAAAAUUUUAACAUAUCCUCAAAAAGUAUGUCCAGCCAACAUUGAAUUAAUGCGUAAACUAGUGAUGAAUGGACCUGAAAUUCAUCCAGGUGCUAAUUUUGUUGAACUUCAAGGUUCGAAGUUGAAAAAGUACUUGAGAUUUGGAAAUAGACCAGCUAUAGCAAAAGAUUUAAAAGUCAGUGUUUUUUUUUUUUAUAAAAUUUCUCUAUAUUUUAUUUAGCCUCACAAACUCUGGACUGGAAAGCAAAUAUUAAGUAUAAUUAUGAGACCAAGUAAAAAAUGUCAGGUGAAGGCUAAUUUGCGAUGUAAAGGAAAAUCAUAUACUCGUGAUGAAKAAUUUUGCUUUAAAGAUUCAUAUGUUUACAUAAGGAAUUCUGAAUUGUUGGCUGGUACUAUGGACAAGGCAACAUUAGGUUCAGGUAGUAAAUCAAACAUAUUUUAUGUUUUGUUGGCUGAUUGGGGUUCUGAUGUCUGCUGCAAAGUWAUGUGGCGUUUAACACGUCUUACGUCAUACUUUUUAAUGUUACGAGGAUUUUCAAUUGGCAUUGGAGAUGUUACUCCUAGUGAUGAUUUGCUUCAAUCUAAAAAUGAAUUGGUUAUAAAUGGAAAUGCGUUAUGUGAGGAAAAUAUCCGUUUGAGAAAUGCAAAAGAAUUAAAAUGUCAACCUGGUUGCAAUAUGGAUGAAACUUUGGAAGCAAAUAUUUUAAAGCAACUAUCUGGCAUUCGAGAUUCUGUUGGUAAAGCUUGUUUAUUAGAGCUUCAUUUUACCAAUGGUCCAUUAAUCAUGGCACUAUCGGGUUCUAAAGGAUCCAAUAUUAAUAUAUCUCAGAUGAUUGCAUGUGUGGGCCAACAAGCCUUGAGUGGACAUCGUGUUCCAGAUGGAUUUGAAUCUAGGUCAUUACCACAUUUUAAACGAUUUUCGAAAACUCCAGAAGCCAAAGGCUUUGUUGAAAACAGUUUUUAUUCAGGCCUAACACCAACAGAAUUUUUUUUUCACACAAUGGGUGGCCGUGAAGGUCUUGUGGACACUGCUGUAAAAACAGCUGAAACCGGAUACAUGCAACGUCGGCUUGUCAAGUCUUUAGAAGAUUUGUGUGUCCAUUAUGACAACACUGUACGUAAUGCUUUUGGAGAUGUCAUACAAUUUGAAUUUGGAGGUGAUAGCUUGGAUCCUACUUACACAGAAGGUGAUGGUGUCCCAGUUGAUUUCAAACGUGUUUAYUUCAAUGUAACUGCUAAUUACCCAUGUCUCGAUGAAUGUACAUUAGAUUCUGAAGAAAUAUUGAAGAUAACUGAUGAUGUGUUAUUAUCUGAGGAUUUUCAAAAUGUAAACACUAUCUUCACAGAUGAAUUAAGAAAUUUUGGAAAAAAUUUAUCAAACAAUAUGGCAGAAGUAAGAAAAAAAUGGUUAAAUUUAGAGAUUUCAAAAAUCCAACGAAUAACUUCUACACAGCUAAUAAAAUUUUAUGUGACUUGCCUUACGAAGUAUAUGGCUGCUGUAAUUGAACCAGGAACUCCUGUAGGUGCUAUAGCAGCUCAAAGUAUUGGUGAACCUGGUACACAAAUGACAUUAAAAACAUUUCAUUUUGCUGGGGUUGCUUCAAUGAAUAUUACUCAAGGUGUUCCUAGAAUCAAAGAAAUAAUCAAUUCAAGUAAAAAUAUAAGUACUCCUAUUAUCACAGCAUACUUAGAAAAUGAUAAAGACAAAGAAUUUGCAAGGAUCGUCAAGGCUCGUAUUGAACAAACAACACUUACUGAAGUUUGUAGUUUUAUUGAUGUAGUACUUGAUAGCACUGAAUGCUAUCUAUUGAUACACAUAGAUAUGAACCGUAUUAAAUUAUUACAAUUAGAAGUAACAAUUGAGUCAAUAAGAGAUAGUAUACUUUCAACUCCUCGAAUUGGUAUUAAAGCAAAUCAAGUAAACAUCGAUAAUGAAUCAUGUGUUAGUAUAUCGUUGCCAUCAAAAGGCACUCAAUCAUUAAACAAUUGGAUAAAUAUAUAUUCACAAAAUUUACAAAAAGUUGUUAUUAAGGGUAUAAGUGCAGUAUCACGCGCUGUUAUUCAUGAAGAAGAUGAUAAUGGUGAGAUUCGUUAUAAAUUACUUGUUGAAGGUGAUAAUUUACGAGAAGUAAUGGCAACGCCUGGAGUAAUAGGGAAACGAUGUACCAGCAAUAAUACAUUUCAAGUAUGGAAUGCACUUGGCAUAGAAGCAUCUAGGGCAACAAUAAUAUCAGAAAUUGAUAGUGUAAUGGGUAAUCACGGAAUUUCUAUCGACCCUAGACAUCCCAUGCUGAUUGCUGAUUUGAUGACUAGUCGUGGUGAAUUAUUGGGUAUAACACGUUUUGGUUUAUCAAAAAUGAAAGAAUCUGUGCUAAAUCUUGCUUCGUUCGAAAAAACUUCUGAUCAUUUAUUUGAUGCUGCAUAUUAUGGACAGACGGAUACAAUAAAUGGUGUAUCUGAGAGUAUCAUUAUGGGUAUACCGAUCAACUUGGGUACAGGAUUCUUCAAAUUGAUUUAUAAGACCAAAAACAAAGCUACAGAUUUUCCAAAGCAAACAUUUGUAUUUGAUGAUCCAGAUCUUCACGAAAAAGGCUGUUAUUGGCAAUAAUUCAAUGAACACAUAAUAUACUUGUCAUCGUCUAUAAAUUAUUUGUUAAAUUGUUGUGUUCAAUCUGUGAUAUUAAUUAGUUUUUAAUGUAUUUUUGU